UGACAUAAGCUUGAUAUCAAAAUUCAUGUGCGGUUAAAACACGUUCAAAAUUAAAUUCAAAAGUUUUUAACACUAUCUUGUACUUUACAUUCAGUAUCGCAGAAAAUCUUCCAAAAUGCAUGACACGAUAGUACGCCUGGCUGACGUGUGGAAGACGUGCAACAAGAUCCGCGCCGCCGCCUUCCGCGUGGGCCUCAACCUGUGGGACUGGUACCGGCCGCUCGACCCCGAGGGCAACUCGCUCAUAUCCGAGUCGAAGUUCGUGUCGGUGCUAGCCGGGCCUCUGCGCUCGGUGGUGGGGCUGUCGGACGCGGAGAUCGCGCAGCUGGCCGACUACUUCCGCGCGCAGGACGGCCGCGUGCUCUACCACCAGCUCUGCCAGAUCAUCCACGGGGAAGAUGCCGGCGGGCGCGACAAGACGUCGGCGGACUGCCUGCUGGAGGCGUGCCCACCGCCGCCGGAGCCCGCCUGCCACACGCUGGACCAGUGGCAGCUGCGCCGCCUGUGCUGCCUGCUGGCCACCAUCGCCGCGCGCGAGAUCCCGCUCAAGCCCUACUUCCAGGACUACGAACUGGUGGCAAAAAAUGACGGGCGCAUAACGUUCGCGCAUUUCGCGCGUAUUUUGGACUACAUCGGCGUGCUGGUGUCGCCCGAGGACUUCAACCUGCUCGUGCGCCGCUUCAUCAAGGACUCCUACACGCUGGACUACGUGGAGUUCCUCAAGGCGGUGGAGGCCGUCAAGAAGGAGGGCAUUCAGGGGCUUGGCGCUGAAUACACAAACCCGAAAGCGGUGAUCGACACGACGCUGCCGAAGCUGUCGCGGCCGGAGGUGGCGGCCGGGCUGUCCACGGCGCCGCUGGGCGAGGGCGACGUGUUCCACCCCGCGCUCACGCCGCCGCGGCCCUCGCGCCAGCUCAUCGAGCUCAUGCUCCGCGUCCAGGAGUUCGUCAUGCAGAGGAGGAUACGAGUUUCCGAAUUCUUGAGGGACUACGACCCGCUGAACUGCGGCCGCAUCGCGCCGCAGCAGUUCCGGCGCGCGCUGGACGCGAUGGGGCUGGGCGCCGUGCUGUCGCAGCCCGAGGUGGUGUGCGUCAUGCGCCACUACCUCGACCCCAACGACCCCGAGCGCGUCUGCUGGCGCACCUUCGAGGACGACUGCGACCAAGUGUUCACAACGAAGGAGCUGGAGAAGCACCCGACAGCAGUAGCAGGCGCGGCGGCGGAGGCGGUGCGCGAGCUGCCCCCGCGCGGCGCGGCGGAGGAGGCGGGCGGGCCGUCGGCCAGCGCGCUGGACCUGGCGCAGGCCGCGCUGCUGCGAGUGCGCGCCGCCUGCCACGAGCGCGCCAUCGACCUGCGCCCCGCCUUCGGCGAGCACGACGAACACAACAACGGGCACGUGUCGCGCUCGGCGGUGCGGCGCGUGCUGGCGCGGCUGGGCGUGCUGCCCACGGCGCCUCAGCUGCGCGCGCUCGAGGCGCGCUACCUGGACGACUGCGGCUUCAGCUACGUGCGCCUGCUCGACGAGAUGGAGGAGCGCGAGCCGGAGAGCGCGACCAUCGCGGGCCCGUCGGGGCCGCCGCCGCGCCCCGCGCACGCCGCGCACGACCCGCUGCAGACCGACAUCGUGCAGAUCCUCGCCAAGAUCAAGGGCAAGAUGGUGCGCGAGGGCGUGCGGCCGCGCGACUUCCUGAAGCAGUUCGACAAGCGCAACGAGCUGGUGAUCCCUCGCGCCGACUUCUACCGCGGCCUGGCCGCCUCCGGCCUCGCGCUCACGCCGCUCGAAAUGGACACGCUCAUGGAAGUUUUUUGCGCGCCGGGGCGGCGGCGCUACGUGGAGUACGAGCGCUUCUGCGACACGGUGGGCGCGGCGCAGACGCAGGGCGGGCUGGAGCGCGCGCCGCUGCUGGAGCCGGUGCCGCACGUGCCCACGCUGGACACGCCGCUCAACUUCCUCUCCUUCGAGGAGCGCAACAUCGUCUCCGGCGCGCUCACCAAGCUCGCCAAGUUCCCCGACCAGCUCUCCAACAUCUUGGAGGUGUUCAAGGACAUGGACAAGGAGCGCUGCGGCACCAUCCCGCGCGUGUCGGUGGAGCGCGCGCUGUGCCAGCGCCGUCUGCUGCAGCUGGUGUCGGCGCGCGAGCGCGACCUCGUCUACAAGGCCUUCGGCUACCGGCGCGGCUGCGGCGACGAGGUGAACUACCGCGCGCUGUGCAACGCGCUGGACGUGCUGUACGCCACGUCGAGCGGCCAGCCCUGCUGA